CUAGAGGCGUGAAUAGCGGCGACUGGAAAGGCAACCAGCCUUCUGCAGCCUUUGGUCAUGUACGGGUACACAUACAUAGACGUGCCGCAGCGAUCUCGGAACAAAUACGUUACAACCGUUCCCUUGGCCCGAACCGAUUUUCAUCAUGUCCCUGCAAUUUAUCCACAGUCAUGACUCACCAAAAGUCGGUCUCGACGCGAUUUAUGGUGUAAAGUGGUUGCCAAAUGACACGGUGGUAUCAGUUUCGGCAGAUGGAAAAGCAUCUCAGUGGAACGCCUCGGAUGGAGCUGUCAUCCACAGUCUCCCGCCCCAUCCUCUAGCUCUAACUUCACUAUCCACCGAUGCAGAAGGAAACAGGGCUCUCAUCAACUCCAUAGAGGGGACCAUAUCACUCUGGGAUUUGACGUCGGGGGAAGUCGUCGGUAAACGGGAAACUUUCGAUCAAGCAAAAUCAGGCAUAGAUGCAGCAUGGUCUGUAUCGUUGCAUCCUCAAGGGGGGAACUAUGCAUCCACAGGAGCCAGUGGCACUCUCCGGAUAUCUUCAGCGGAUCCCGAAUCAUUUGGAAACAUUCUCCAAACACUAUCGCCACGCACAGAUGGCCGGAACAAAUUCGGGUUACAUGCUAAAUAUAGUCCGUCCGGGAAACUUGUUGGAAUAUCUACGGAGCAAGGUGCUGUCUAUGUAUUCGAUGUGGAAAGCAAGGCAGUCGUGCACUCGUUUUCUUCGCAUGCCACCAGCGUGCGGUCUUUGUCUUGGUCUGCGGAUUCUCAGCUUCUAUGCUCUGCUUCCGACGAUCGUCGAAUUGUGCUCUACGACACUCGCAGUCCCUCCGCCACGUCCCCGAAUGCGAACUCGAGCACAGGAGUUGUAGCUUCAUUUAUUGGUCAUGCCUCUUGGGUGUUAUCAGUUGAUAUUUCACCUGAUGGGAAGUUGAUCGCAAGCGGUUCGAGCGAUCGCAACGUCAAAAUUUGGGACUUGACGUCGCGGCAAUGCGUCUCAACCCUUUCAUCCUCAUCAGAGCAGAGUGGCGAAGUGUGGGGUGUGUCCUGGAAGCCGGUUGCGGGCUCUUCGGCUCUCGUUUCUACCGGCGAAGAUGGCAGCCUGAGGUGGUGGAGGACCGCAGGCGCGGGUGCCAGUGUAUGAACAAACAUGGAAGCAAAUCUGGAAUUUUUGGGCAGUGCAUGUUAUACGAGUAUUAGAUUAUACAGCCAUAAGCGUUCUUGUGCACUACCAUGGGUAUCAACGAGAACGGAAGCGCGCAGAGAAUAGCAAAAGCCG